AUGAAAUAUGUGAGGGAUAAUAUUAUAGGAAAUGAUCAUGUUUUUAAAAGUCCAUUUGGUUUACGAAAAGUGCUAUAUUUAGAUUACAUAGCAUCCGGGCGUGGUUUAAAAUUCAUAGAAGAUUAUAUUCAAAAGCAAGUAUUACCAGAAUAUGCCAACACACAUACAACCACCAGCGUGACAUCAUUACAAACAUCUUUAUUCAGACAACAAGCAAGAGACAUUAUAAGAAGUUGUUGUAAUGCCAAUGAAAGUGAUUGUGUUAUAUUUGUUGGAAGUGGUUGUACCGGUGCUAUUGAUAAGAUACUUCAUUCUUUAGAUUUAUCAAAACCACCAGUAACUUUUUUAAAUAAUCUGUUUCAGAUCGUGUUCAUGUGCCCUUAUGCACACCAUUCGUUAUUUCUACCCUGGGGUGAAGCUGGAGCUAAGGUUAUAAGAGUACCACAUGAUAAAAAUGGACUUGUGGAUAAAACAUUCCUGGAAAGUAAUUUAAAGAAACAUGCUGGAUCAGAUCGUCAAUUGAUUGGAUGCUUCACAGCAGCAUCGAAUGUUACUGGUAUAAUCUCAGAUAUUGAUAACAUAACGUUUUUAUUACAUAAAUAUGGUGCUCUGGCUUUCUGGGAUUAUGCUACUGCUGCGCCUUAUGUUCAGAUUGAUUGCAAUCCCCAUGUUGAUGAAUAUUCAGAUAAAUAUUUGUAUAAAGAUGCAGUAUUUAUAUCACCGCACAAAUUUCUGGGCGGAGUAUCGACACCUGGUGUUCUUAUAGCAAAACGUAACCUUUUCAAAAGUCAGAAACCAGUAAUAUGUGGCGGAGGAACUGUUGUCUAUGUAACUCAAAGUAGUCGUGUUUACCAUACAGAUCCAGAAGUAAGAGAAGAGGGUGGUACACCAGCUAUAGUCGAGUCUAUUAGAGCUGGGCUCACUUUUCAACUAAAAGAAGCUAUUACACCAAAAUAUAUCUUAUCCCGAGAAAAUUAUUUAUUUAGAAAAGCUAUGCCAGUGUUUAAAACUAAUAAAAAUUUGGUUAUACUGGGAAAUACAGACUCAGAUAGAUUACCAGUGUUUUCAUUUCUAAUUUACCACCCACAAACCGGCCGAUUUCUUCACCAUAAUUUUAUUAGUACUAUAUUAAAUGAUGUGUUUGGUAUCCAGAAUAGAGGAGGUUGUGCCUGUGCCGGACCGUAUGCUAUAAAAUCUAUUAUUUCUACUAAACUACUAAUUAGUAAAUCUGUUUAUCUCCCUUUCAGACCAGGUUUUACCAGAUUAAAUCUACCUUAUUUCCUCCUAGAAGACGAAGUACAGUUUAUUAUUAAAGCAGUGACGAUGGUAGCAGAUGAUGGUUGGAAAUUAUUACCUCAGGUAACAGAAUAUCUAUUUUAA